AUGUCUUACAACAACAACAACAUUGGCAAUCAAACUAACACAAGGCUUGGCAAUUCAAUUCCCAAUCCAGAUGAUCUGUCUCGUAGACUAAGGUUACAAGCAGCAGUUGAUAAUAAUGAAUUCGAAGAUGAACUUUCAAAUUCACGAUCUGUCCUAAAUAGUGUUGCUGCUGGAAAUUUCUCUUCCUUUUGGGGAUCUAUUUCCCCAACAUCUGGCUCUAGAUCCCCUGUACCUUUACAAUGUUGUUGUGGCAGAGAAGAUUGUCAGAACUUUGUUGCCUUUCUUAAAACUACUCAGUCAAUGGAAGAAAGAUUAGGAUUAGCGUCUGAGGUUGGGCAGGCAUUAGUACUUAAACAAAAAAAUAUCGAAGAAUCUCAUCAAGAAUUGUCACAACAGUAUACAUUUUCACAACAAAAAAUUCAAAAUCUUGAAGAUAUAAUAAGAGAGUUUGAAAGUACGGAGCGAUCGAUAAUCAUAGAAAGAGACGAUGCAUUGCGCCAGAAAAAUAUUUUAGAAAAAAAAAAUAAUUCACUUACCAUAGCUUUAGAUACAAGUGAAAAUACUGUGCACUCCUUAAAAACGGAAAUUGAAAAACGCGAUAAUGAUAUUAAAAGAUUAUUAGCAAACAAUAUCAAAGGUGAAAGAAGCGAAGAAAGAGAAGAAAUGUUAAGGAGACAAUUAGAGGAUUUGAAUCAAGAACUUUUGGUUACUAGGAAAUCAGAAUUAGUAACUGAAAAUAAAAUAAAAAAAUUACAAGGAAGAUUUGAUUCAUUAUUGGAAGCACAUGAAAAAUUGAAAAAAGAUCAAGAGGAUAUGAAGAAAUCAAAAGGAAAACUAGAAGCUGUUGCAAUACUACGUGAAUCAAAGGAAAGAACAAAACAAUACCAACAAUCCGUGGAUUCUAACAAUGAAGCAAAUUCUAACCUCAUAUCUCUAAUUAAAGAAUUGUCAUCAGCCAAUAAUAAACUAAAAUCAGAAGUAAUUGAGUAUCGUGAGAUUCUAACAGAAUCCAGAAAUGAGGUUACCUCUUUACAAAAUCGUAUUGAGGAAAUGGAAACAGCUAGUGCAGCAGGAUUUUUAUAUCCUGGUAGCUAUGCAACCACUGCCUCAAUUGCAUCGCCUCUAAACAAAAACUUUCCUCAGAACAUGGAUGGUGAUUUAUAUUCGGAAGAUAUUUCAAGCCCAAUUCAUUCAUCCAUUCCUCAGAAUAUCAUAACCUCAUUCGGUGAAAUUGAAGACGAGGAUAAUGAGUGUCUUACUGAUAAUCGUUCAGAUAUAAGCGAAAGUAAACGUAAGAGAUUUGAAGAUUAUAAUUCUGAUUCACUACUUACUUGUACUGACAAUGAAUCAGACCAAGAUACGCUUGAGGGUGUAAAUAAUACUGCGAGAAGGAAAUUCAAACCAAAAUCAAAAGCGACCUCAUCUAAAUCAUUAAGGGGUAGUAUUUCCAAGAAAAAAGACCACUCUCAGAAAUCAAGAGUUUCACUAUUAUCAGCCGGUCUCAUGAAAUCGACCGAGAGUAAUUAUUCUGACUCAACCAUGCAAUCUGACAAUGAAAACUCCAAAACGCUAACCAAAAAAUCAUCGUCGCCAUUGUUAGGUAGUAAAGGUUCAUCAACACCACUACGUCGAUCCCCCUCUGCUCCGUCAAAAUCAAAUGCUCAAAGACGUGGUGGUGCCGGAAAUGCACCCAAAGGUAACAGUAUUAACAGCGGUGGUAAUGCUACUGGCUCUACCAGCCUACAGCACAAACCAGCACAAUCUUCUCCAUUAGCAUUGCGUAAUAAAAAUGCACAAAGAUCCAACAACAGCAACAAUAGAAACAAUAACGCUUCACAAUCAUCGAAUUCUACAAUCCUCAAAUCUAAACAGAUGAAAUCAAAAACUCCUUUACCAACAUUCAAAAAAUCUAAAUUUGCAACAUUGGGACCAAAAGAACGUAAACUAAUGUUGGAAGCAUGGCGUGCAGGUGUUGCAAAUGAACAAUUAAUGCGUUCCGACUCGAUUGAUAAUGGUAGCGAUGAAACUGUUAAAGGAAAAAGUCGAAGAAAUCAUUCCAAUUCACCUAUUAAAGAAUUUGUUGAAGAGGUGUUAUUGGAUGAAGCAAAUCUUCCAGCUGCUGAAGCUGCUGCAGUUGCCAACGAGGUGGAAAAUAGCUUGUCUGUUAAUGUUAGAGCGCCACUUUCAUCUGCAGCUUUACAUCCUUCAAGUCAUCAUCAUCACAAUUCAACAAUGAGCGGUCAUGAUCAAGAAUCAAAUCUUUGUACUAAUAAUAAUAACAACAACACUUCAUCAUCUCAACAACAAAAAGAAAAUCCUUAUCAAUCACUGUUCAAUAGCUGUAAUCAUAUAAUGGAAAGAUUUAAAGGCACUGAUAUUUUAGCAUUAAGUAAACAAUUGAAAAAAGCUUUUGAUAUUUUGGAAUUGACAAGUUUAAGUAAUAAUUUGAUUGAGAAUAUUUUAGCUGAUGUUGAAACUUUAAAAUUAUACGCAUUUUCUCCUGAAGACUUUUUACCAUUGGCACAUUUGUUCCAAGAUCUUUUAACAGAGAUAGGUGGUCUACGUAAAACAUUUAAUGAUCUACAGCUUACAUAUGUACGGAAAGUUGAAGAUACUCGUCGUAAAGCUGAGGAAGAGUUUGAUAGAAGUACAGGGUAUGAUGAUGAAAUAAUUGAGAGACGACAAAGUAACAGGAUGAACCAGAAUAAUGAAGUUGGGGGUGUGUUCGGUACAUUUAGUCGAGUGUUUGACAUACAAUCACAGUUACGUUAUCAUAGUAGAAGAAUGUCGGUCGAUUAUUUACAUGAACGUGACGCAUCAGUUGGUAGUAUUGAUACAUUUGCUGAAGAUUCCUAUUUUGCAGAUCGUAAUUACGAUCCAUAUUCAAAUGUACAAAAUACAGCCAGAUCUACCACUAAACGAAGAGAGAGCAAUGAGUCAACUGGUGGCGGAGAAGAGGAAGGAAGUAGCAGUAGUGGACACAACAUCAGCAGUGGCAGUAAUAAUGGUAAAACAAUUCCACAAAGAAAUCAACGUAGAAAUUUUUCGGAGAGAAGUCUUUUAGCUGAUAUUUCUACAACACCUAUAAGGUCACCUUCCUCAACUACAUUACAAUAUGUAGGAACUAAUAAUAAGCAAUUACGUACAAAUAAUAGUAAUGUUGGUAAUUUGGAAGAUCGUUUGAGAAAACAUUUAGAAGCACCAAUACUAGAUGAUAGCUUGAUGAAAAGUGUCAAGGAUAAGAUAAAUACUUGGGCAAAUCCACAUUUUGAUGGGAGUUAUUCUGAUGCAAAAAGUCAAUCUACAACAUUUAAUCAAUACAAAUAUACUGAAAAAAGAUCUUGGGUGGCUGAAAAAAGUGAAUUGGACACAUUGCUUGGCAAUAUUCAAACAAAACUUAAUACAUACCAACUACAACCUUAUAAAGCACCUGAUGGAUUGACUUUAUCUGAUCUGGAUAAAGUAUGGCAAAGUUUGUUAUUAGCAGAAACCAAACGAUAUAAAUCUAUUCAUAAUAAAUUAAAAGAUAUUAAAGAAAACUUGAGAAAAUCAUUUGCUCAGUCAGCAAAUGACUUUCAGAAAAAUUUGGAAUCUAUUUCUUAUUCUUUGGUUGAAUUAGAUGGUGAAUUAGAGAUUCAACUUAGUACAGUUAAAGCAAUUUCAGCUAAAUUAGGUCCUUUGGAAAAAUCUCUUGGUCAAAUACAAGAAAUUGAUGCAAGAUGUCAAGAAGCUAAUAUUGAAGAAAAUGAUUACACAGUUUUUUCUGUAGAUGAUUUGAAAUUUGAAUUAGGUCUUGUACAACAGGCUGUCACAAAAAAAAUCUCUUUUAUUGAAAAUCAAAUUGUGUCUAGAAAUAUGACAAAUUUGACACCAGCACAACUAGAAGAAUUUGAAAGUACUUUUCGUCACUUUGAUAAAGAUUCAUCAAAUACACUUAAUCUUUAUGAAUUCAAAGCAGCAUUGGCUAGUUUAGGUAUUUUCUACAAUGAGGAAGAAUUAUUUUCAGCAUUUAAUCAAAUGUGUGAAGGAGAACCAGAAGCAACAUUUGAACAAUUUAUUCUAUAUAUGGUCAGUUUCACAGAAGACAAAACAACGCCGGAUCAACUUAGAAGUUCAUUUAAAGCUGUUGCAAGUGAUAAACCUUUUGUUACAGAACUUGAUUUGAAAAGAUCAUUAUUAUCAACGAAUGUUGUAUCAUAUCUUAAGGAAACAAUGCCACAAAGGGAUGAUGUUGCUGAUGGUUAUGAUUAUGAGAAAUAUUUAGAUAAAGUUUUUGGAUAUUAA